UCCCGCCCCCAGCAGGCGCUAGGGUCUGGGGGCACUGUUCAGCGGUGCUGGGGCUGGCGCGGCUUGAGCCGCCGCCGCACUGACUGCGCGGUCUGCGGACCAUGGAGACCGGCGCCGGCCCACAUCCGCUGCGCCUGUUGGUCUGCCUGAUGCCGCUCUGUCUGGCGUUGCUUUUGGGACCAGGGAGGCCCGGGACCGCCGAGGAAGUCAUCCUCCUGGAUUCCAAAGCCUCCCAGGCUGAGCUGGGCUGGACUGCACUGCCAAGUAAUGGGUGGGAGGAGAUCAGCGGCGUGGACGAGCAUGACCGUCCCAUCCGCACAUAUCAGGUGUGCAACGUGCUGGAGCCCAACCAGGACAACUGGUUGCAAACUGGCUGGAUCAGCCGUGGCCGCGGACAGCGCAUCUUCGUGGAGCUGCAGUUCACGCUGCGCGACUGCAGCAGCAUCCCGGGCGCCGCCGGCACCUGCAAGGAGACUUUCAACGUCUACUACCUGGAAACAGAGGCUGACCUGGGCCGCGGGCGUCCCCGCCCAGGUGGCAGCCGGCCCCGCAAGAUUGAUACAAUCGCGGCGGAUGAGAGCUUCACGCAGGGCGACCUGGGCGAGCGCAAGAUGAAGCUGAACACAGAGGUGCGCGAGAUCGGUCCGCUCAGCCGGCGGGGUUUCCACCUGGCCUUUCAGGACGUGGGCGCAUGCGUGGCGCUGGUCUCCGUGCGCGUCUACUACAAGCAGUGCCGCGCCACGGUGCGGGGCCUGGCGGCGUUCCCAGCCACCGCAGCCGAGAGCGCCUUCUCCACGCUGGUGGAGGUGACGGGAACGUGCGUGGCGCACGCAGAGGGGGAGCCCGGCAGCCCCCCGCGCAUGCACUGUGGCGCCGACGGUGAGUGGCUGGUGCCCGUGGGCCGCUGCAGCUGCAGUGCGGGAUUCCAGGAACGUGGUGACAUCUGUGAAGCCUGUCCCCCAGGGUUUUACAAGUUGUCCCCGCGCCGGCUGCUCUGCUCCCCGUGCCCAGAGCACAGCCGGGCCCUGGAAAACGCCUCCACGUUCUGCGUGUGCCAGGACAGCUACGCACGCUCGCCCACCGACCCGCCCUCGGCCUCCUGCACCCGGCCGCCAUCGGCGCCGCGGGACCUGCAGUACAGCCUGAGCCGCUCGCCGCUGGCGCUGAGGCUGCGCUGGCUGCCGCCGGCCGACUCCGGCGGCCGCUCGGACGUCACGUACUCGCUGCUGUGCCUGCGCUGCGGCCGCGAGGGCCCGGGGGGCGCGUGCGAGCCGUGCGGGCCGCGCGUGGCCUUCGUACCGCGCCAGGCCGGGCUGCGGGAGCGCGCCGCCACGCUGCUCCACCUGCGGCCCGGGGCGCGCUAUACCGUGCGCGUGGCGGCGCUCAACGGCGUGUCGGGCCCGGCUGCCGCCGCGGGAGCCACCUACGCUCAGGUCACCGUGUCCACGGGGCCCGGGGCGCCCUGGGAAGAGGAUGAGAUCCGCAGGGACCGAGUGGAGCCCCAGAGUGUGUCCCUGUCGUGGCGGGAGCCUAUCCCCGUCGGAGCUGCGGGGGCUAAUGGCACCGAAUACGAGAUCCGAUACUACGAGAAGGGUCAGAGUGAGCAGACUUACUCCACGGUGAAGACAGGGGCACCUGCGGUCACAGUCACCAACCUGAAGCCGGCUACCCGCUACGUCUUUCAGAUCCGGGCGGCUUCCCCAGGACCCUCCUGGGAGACCCAGAGCUUCAAUCCCUCCAUUGAAGUGCAGACCCCAGGGGAGGCUGCCUCAGGGUCCAGGGACCACAACCCUGCGGUCGUCAUCACCGUGGUGACCGUCUCAGCCCUCCUCGUCCUGGGCUCUGUGAUGAGCGUGCUGGCCAUGUGGAGGAGGUCCUGCCCCUAUGGCAAAGGAGGUCAGGACGCCCAUGAUGAGGAGGAGCUGUAUUUCCACUUCAAAGUCCCGACGCGCCGCACGUUCUUAGACCCCCAGAGCUGUGGGGACCCGCUGCAGGCUGUUCAUCUGUUUGCCAAGGAGCUGGAUGCAGAAACCGUCACACUGGAGAAAAGCCUCGGAGCAGGGCGGUUCGGGGAGCUGUCCUUCGGCCGCCUGCAGCUCCCUGGCCGCCAGGAGCUCCCCGUGGCCGUGCACACGCUCAGGGACGGCUGCUCCGACUCCCAGAGGCUCAGCUUCCUGGCCGAGGCCCUCACCCUGGGCCAGUUCGACCACAGCCAUGUCGUGAGGCUGGAGGGUGUCGUCACCCGAGGAAGCACCUUGAUGAUUGUCACUGAGUACAUGAGCCAUGGGGCCCUGGAUGGCUUCCUGCGGAGGCAUGAGGGCCAGCUGGCGGCCGGGCAGCUGUUGGGGCUGCUGCCCGGGCUGGCGUCAGCCAUGAAGUAUCUCUCGGAAAUGGGCUACGUCCACCGGGGCCUGGCAGCCCGCCGUGUGCUACUCAGCAGUGGCCUUAUCUGCAAGAUCUCUGGCUUUGGGCGGGGCCCCCGGGACCGAGCAGAGGCUGUCUACACCACCAUGAGUGGCCGGAGCCCGGCACUGUGGGCCGCCCCUGAGACGCUUCAGUUUGGACACUUCAGCUCUGCCAGUGAUGUGUGGAGCUUUGGUGUCGUCAUGUGGGAGGUGAUGGCCUUUGGGGAGCGGCCCUACUGGGACAUGUCUGGCCAAGAUGUGAUCAAGGCAGUGGAGGAUGGCUUCCGGCUGCCACCCCCCAGGAACUGCCCCUCCCUCCUACACCGUCUGAUGCUAGACUGCUGGCAGAAGGACCCAAGUGAGCGGCCCAGGUUCUCCCAGAUCCACAGCAUCCUGAGCAAGAUGGUGCAGGACCCAGAACCCCCAAAGUGUGCCACGACCGCCUCCCCCAGGCCUCCCACCCCCCUGGCGGACCGUGCCUUCUCCACCUUUCCGUCCUUCGGCUCCGUGGGUGCAUGGCUGGAGGCCCUGGACCUGGGCCGCUACAAGGACAGCUUCACUGCCGGUGGCUACGGGAGCCUGGAGGCCGUGGCCGCCAUGGCCGCCCAGGACCUGGUGAGCCUGGGCAUCUCGUCGGCAGAACAUCGAGAGGCCCUCCUCAGCGGGAUCAGCGCCCUGCAGGCACGCGUGCUCCAGCUGCAAGGCCAGGGGGUGCAGGUGUGAGCCGCGCCAUCCUUCCAGGCCAGGACCCCAGCCCUCACAGGGACCCUGGCACGCCGGGCCCCGGCGGGGUGGAAGUGAGCGCGCUCUCCCUGCACUCGGGCCCAGAGCUUGUUUGCGACCACAGGUCCCCUCAUUUCACUGCCUACUCCUCCCAUUUUCCCCUAGUCUGAACACCUUGGCUGACUCAGUCUCCCUGGCCAGAGGGUUUAAAUUCCUGGGGAGAACCUCUGAGAUAACAGCAGGAGAAAAUGCAGGGCCCCAGGGACCAUGGUGGGCAGGAUGGAGAGGGAAGACCUAGCUUUAAAUAGCCUCAUUCAUGUUUUUCUGUCUUCCACACCCACUGGGGCCUGGGGCCUACCCCAGUGGGUGCCCCUAUUUCCCACAGACCUAUUGGCCAGUUGACAGCAUAGGUCCCUAAUAAGCUCCCAUGAGACCUGGCAGGGACCGCCGCUGCCUGGCAGCCCAUCCUGAGGGGCUUGGAGAGGCGAGGUCCUCAGCUCCCUGGGCAUGGGCUCGGCCACACUGGUCCUGAGGCCCAGGCAGAGAAGGUGGUGCUGAGCUCCGGGGCUGGACCCCAAGACCCCAGACUCAGGAGCUGAUUUCUGCCUCCCUUGCCCUUGGGCUGAGAGUUCAGGGUGAGGGUGAGGGUCCUGGCUAGGCCAUCAAGGUUCUGGUGCUCCCCUGAGGCCCAGUGAGGCCUCCCGUUUGCAUUCCUUUUGUAAAGUCACUGGCCGGGACAUCUGAGAAGAGCAUGAGGGGAGAGGUUUUCUCCCUGGAGGACCCGUGAGCUUUGCUCAUCCGCCCCAGGGGAUGGUGAAGAGAUCUUCAGAGGUGGACCUUCCCUCUCUGACAGGCUCUGAGCCACACUGUGCAGAGGAAUGACGGAGGCUGGUGGAGGAGUCAGGGCCAGGACUGGGGUUGGAACCCAUGCCCCCAACUCCCAGUCCGGGGCUGAGGUUGGCUCUGGAGAGAGUCCUUGGUCCUACCUUGUGAUACCAACGCUUUUCCCCGAGGAAGCCUAGGGGUACUCUGAGGUGACCGCCUCUCGCAAGCGCUAUCUCCUGGGCACCCCUUAAGCCUCCUGGGGAGCACCUCCCUCUGGCUUCUGUGGGGCUCUGGCAGGAGUGGCCACCCUGAGCUAACUCCAGAGUUCCUUAUCCAGAAGGGCUUCCCAGAGGCGGUGGUGAUCACGAGGCCAGGGCUUUCAGAGGACAACAGGAAGGCAGCUGGAUCUGGACAGGAUUCCAGGGGCUGUGUUUGUCCAGGUCACCCCUGCCAUAUGCCUACUCUGGGCUUGGCUGUGUGCGGGUGGGUGGGGUGGGUGGGAAGGAAGAGCCAAGGGGGAGAAGAGGGAACGGAUGAGACAUCGAGCUGGCCCGUGGAGGGCUCAGCCCAGGUCGGGGGACAAGCUCAGGCACUGAGAAGUACGACAGGGACGCCUUCCAAAAGUGCCCCGGGCCCCACGGGAGACCUCGGGGUCUGUGGGCCGUGGGCCCGAGGGCAGAUGGACAGUCUCAUGAUCUGUGUAUGUGGAGGUGUGUCUGGAAAGGCUUCUUGGCUGAGAGGCUGAUGCAUAAGUUGAACAAGGCUUUGAAGCUGGGGGUGGAGGGUGUCUCUCCCUGGGGUGGGUGCAUUUUUGCACAGGCCAGGAUGGAGGGCCUGGUACAAAAGGCAUCCAAGCAGAGGGGCUAGCACCAGAAGGAGCUGGGAGGCUGGAAGAUGCAGCGCAUUUGUGGGCAGCACCCAUGGUGGCGGACAGUGCCUCACAUCAGUGCCUUUGGCUCUUCUCUCCUUGGAGCCCCUCCCUCGGCUCCCCACCUCCUGGGCACUUGCCCCAGUCAGUGACUUUGAGCUUGAGAUACUGCUUCCACCCUUGACAGGGCUUGGGGCGGGGGGGUCUGUUCCCAUGCCAGCUGCCCUCCAGCCUCGCCCCCUCCCCCCACCCAAGCCCAGAAAGGCCAUGGUGUGAGGACCAGUAUCCUGUCUUGGGUGGAGGGAGCCUCAUCCCCAUCUCCAGCUACAUCGGUCAUGCUCUAAAGGCCCAAGCCCCCUCCCCAUCCCCCGGCUGUUCUGCAGAGGGACCCCCCCCCCCGGCUGUGUUGGCAGGACUUCGGUGUCCAGGGUAGACCUCCCCUCCAUGGAGGAGUGAGGUCCCAUAACCCUGAGGGGUCCCAGACCUCUGCCCUGCACAGAUGCGGGCUGAUGGCUCUCUGGGAGCUCUCUACAGAUCUAUUUUUAUAUGGAACUUGUUCACUGGACAGAGGGAGGUGGCGUGCAACCCUCCAGCUCCCCCAUCUGAGCCCAUCCAGGGAGGGAAGGGGCUGGUGGUGGGGGGGUGGUUCCUUUGACUAAUUCUGGAGAUGUUUUUAUAUUUCGUGGGUUCUGUAUGCAGGACAAAGUAAUAAAAACUUGUC